CUUCCUGCAUAGUAAACAUCUGUGUGCUUAUACUGGAACAUUAUGCUUAUGUUUUGUUUGUUUUUGUACCACUUACAUGCCUGAUGCCUGCAGAAGCCAGAAGAAAUCAUUGGAUCCUCCGAAACUUGAGUUAUGGACAUUUAAGCUCCUUGUGCCACACCCCUCAUCUGUAGCUUUGGGAGGCCUGUGGACCUGGAGAAGGAUGACUACCAGAAGGUGGUGUGCAACAACGAGCACUGCCCCUGCAGCACCUGGAUGCAUCUGCAGUGCUUCUACGAGUGGGAGAGCAGCAUCCUGGUGCAGUUCAACUGCAUUGGCAGGGCCCGCAGCUGGAAUGAGAAGCAGUGUCGCCAGAACAUGUGGACCAAGAAGGGAUAUGACCUGGCCUUCCGCUUCUGUUCCUGCCGCUGUGGGCAGGGCCACUUAAAAAAGGACACAGACUGGUACCAGGUAAAGAGGAUGCAAGAUGAAAAAAAGAAGAAGUCUGGGUCAGAGAAGAAUACAGCAAGGCCUCCAGCGGAGGCUGGGGAGGAGGCAAAAAAAUGCAGGCCCCUGAACAAGCCCCAGAAAGGUCUGAACCAUGACCUUCCCCGGAGGCAUUCCAUGGACAGGCAGAACUCCCAGGAAAAGCCAGUCAGUGCUACAGCCUAUGGGGCCCGCUCCCCCUGUGGCUCCCCUGGCCAGUCCCCACCCACUGGCUACUCUAUCCUUUCCCCAGCUCACUUUAGUGGUCCCCGCUCCUCCAGAUACCUUGGGGAAUUCUUAAAGAACGCCAUUCAUCUUGAACCUCACAAAAAGGCUAUGCCUGGGGGCCACGUGUUCAGAAAUGCCCACUUUGAUUACAGUUCGUCUGGUCUGUCUGUGCACAGAGCAGGGCACUUUGACACCCCUGUGCAGUUCCUGCGGCGACUGGACCUCUCUGAACUCCUCACUCACAUCCCCAGGCAUAAGCUGAACACUUUCCACGUGCGGAUGGAAGACGACGCCCAAGUGGGCCAAGGGGAGGAUCUACGGAAGUUCAUUCUUGCAGCCCUCAGUGCCAGCCACAGAAAUGUUGUAAACUGUGCUUUGUGCCACCGGGCACUCCCUGUGUUUGAACAAUUCCCACUGGUGGAUGGAACUCUGUUCUUAAGCCCCUCAAGACAUGAUGAGAUUGAAUACGAUGUUCCUUGUCACCUUCAAGGGAGACUCAUGCAUCUGUAUGCAGUGUGUGUGGACUGCCUGGAAGGGGUUCACAAGAUCAUUUGCAUCAAAUGCAAGUCACGAUGGGAUGGCAGCUGGCACCAGCUGGGUACCAUGUAUACCUACGACAUCUUGGCUGCCUCUCCCUGCUGUCAGGCUCGUCUGAAUUGCAAGCACUGUGGCAAGCCUGUGAUCGACGUGCGGAUCGGGAUGCAGUACUUCUCUGAGUACAGCAAUGUCCAGCAGUGUCCACAUUGUGGAAACCUGGACUACCAUUUCGUGAAGCCAUUCUCCUCCUUCAAAGUUCUCGAAGCUUAUUGAUGAAAGCUUUGCUUUAGUAAUAGCUAUUUUAUUGAUAUUAUUACUUUACUACAUAUCUUUUAUAGGGGAACAUUCUGUGACAUUAAUUUCUUUUCUAAUUUAAAGCAGAGUUUACUUUGUAUAUUUGUGCCACUGAGAUGAGGGCUUCCCCUUGCCCUGUCUUGAUCCCCAAAUAUCAGUAUGUGGUUAAGACUGGAGCCCAGGUGGGAAUUUGUGCAGAUUUUGGUCUCAUGCAGAGUAUCUGAUGGAGUUCAAGGGUAGUAGGAAGGAUGGGUACCAUUUAAGGAUGGGAUUCUGUGCUAAACUAAAGAUGAGGUAGGAGGUGAGAGGGAGCUAUUACUAAUAUGUUAGCUUUCUUGAGACUCAUUGUUAAAUCUCUGGGCCUUGGAAAAAUAAGUGACAAGUGAAUGUAAGUGAGCCUGGAGAGCCAGUACUGUAUUAGGCUAUCUGGACACUGUUUUUCAGCACAAGCUGAGGUAUAAUUUACUCCACUGACAGAUGAUCUGAGAGUAUAACAAAUAGUCCUUGACUAUUCGUGUAAUUUAACAGUUUCAUACUGGAAAGAACAUCCAAAUUAUAUGUGACACUUGAAAGCUAUUGCAGAUAGCUUUAGGUGAGCUGAAUCUAACAGGUCUUGUGAUAUGAAUUUGGAAAUGACACACACUGAAUCAAGAGGACAGAAAGAUAGGACUUGGUUAUUUGGAUUGUGUCUCUAGAGGUUUAAUUUGGGAAUCUACAGAACAUCUGCACAUUUUGUGGUUUUGGUGGGCAUCAUUUACAGAGUGCAUUGCUAAAGUGCUGCUUGGUAUGCAGUUUUUCAAAGGUAAACGUCUAGCCUAGCUGCUGUGUUGUAGAACCAACCAUGCCACACUUCCUUCUCAUUAUCUGUUGCCACAUUGACUCAUUUAAUACUGGGUUUCCAAAAUCACAGUUGACCUGAGGAAGGAAGGGGAAAUUUGUUAGAAUGAUGAAAAUUAGUGUUUAUUCUUUUAAAAGUACAUUCAUUUUUGGAAGCAGUAAUUCAAACAGCAUAUCUGAAAACAGAUCAUUCUAAAGAUUCCCAUGAUCCCUUACUGUUGGGUAAAAAAAAAAAAAAAAAAAAAAAGUCACAUACAGAACACCAAGUAUCCCCAAAAUCAGCCUCUGUUCACUAGAAAGUGGAGACUUAAAUGUGCUCAAGACCUCCCUUGUAGAAUUAGAAUUAGAGAAUUACUUCUUAGGAAAGAAUUAGGUAAUUUCAAGUAUGAUACAGAACUAUUUCUUAAAAGAAUACUAAAAAUAAUCAUUUUACAAAUAGGCAAAUUUGGGGUUCGUGUAAAUAUUUUAUAUCACUUACUUGGUUUAUCCCACAUCCUCCUCAAGGGGGGUUUCUUUUCAGAAUUGUCUCAGCAUUAUUGCCAAUGAAUUUUAAGUUCUACUGCUGAAGUGCUUGGUGUUUUGUUUGAAACAAUAGCAUUAAAGAACCUGUAUAUCAACUAAAACUCUUCAUAUUUGGAUGAAUAUUCUUCAUCAGUUGGUUUGUUGCUUCUGGUUUAAUGUUUGAUGAUCUGAAAACUUUCACUUCUGCAAGAAAUGUUCAAAUUGCCUAGAAUAGGCAGAAAUCAUUAUUGGUCAGAUGGUUUUUAAUGCAACAAUGUGAGGUCUAUAUGACAUGAUACUUACAAACUUGUUUUUGAUGCACAAAGCUGUAAUUAUGAACUAGCUGUUUCCCUAAGAACCUGUUGUGCACUCAAGUUUAAAUUUUUGUUAAGUUUCUAUUCAGAUUCCAUAUUUGUCUUUGCAUUUGUUUAUGAUUUUUAAAAUAAAUAAACUGUUGAAAUGCUGUUCUUUAACAUACUGACAUUUUCUAGUAAAACUUCAUUAUAUUAUUGUUCUGAAGUCAGUCUAUUCAUUGUGCCCAGUGAGUUCUUUAGGUUAAAAUAAAACCACUGUGGGACUGUAAGCAACAUUCUAUUCUUGUUCCUUAGAUUAUUGUCUGCCCUCAAAAUGAAGUUGUUUUUCACUAUAAUUGGAUAACAUUUGCUUUUGAUGUUAUGUUAAUAAUAAAUUAAAGACUAUAGAUGUAUAUAGUCUUAUAAAGAGAAGCAUGAUCCCUGUACAAUAAUAUUUACCAUUUGCCUUUUCGUGCAUUAAAUGCAUUUUUGUCUGGAAAGGAAAUUUUGACAUAUUUGAGAAUAAAAUACAAUUGAAUAUACAAUACUUGCUAUGAAGGUAAAUCUUACUCUGGAAAUCUGCUGACCUUAAUGUUUUCACCAAACUUUGCCUGAACACCUUGAUUAUAAUUGGAAUAUGUCAAGAAUGAUCAUCAUUUUUGUUGUAGUUGGGAUAUUAAAGGGUAUCAGUCAUCCAGGAGAUAUAACUUGUGCUUUUCUGAUGAGUAGUGUUCAAACUCAUUUUUUCCAGACUGACUACUAAUUUAAAGUGAUUUUAUCUACUUUAACAUUUUUAGUCAUUUCUUUUUAAAGAGUUCCAUACUCUGAGCAACUAAAACUGCUUCAGUUUUGAGAGAAGCUAAUUUCUGAUUAUUUUCUCUUCAGGCCAUUUCAGCUCUCCGCUUUCAUCUGAUCACAUGGGAAGCACUUGGUAACACUGGGCUUCUACCUUUAAAGGUCAACUUUGUGCCAUGAGAUGGAAGCAUAAGCAGAUUGUUUUUUAUUGCAAAGAAGCUUCUCCAACAUCCUGUAAUUUCUUUCUUUCUUUUUUUUUUUGUAAAAGGGGUUCAUUUUUCUAAGGAGAAGAAAAUUUUAUACCUUUUUUUUUGGGAAAAUUAGCUUAUGAAGAAAAAAUUCUAUAUGUUUAAAUGCUAAAACUUAACAGAUUGAUCCCUAACUUGCUGGACUACCAAGACUACCUUUCUGAGUUCUUAAUGUCUUUCUACAAUACCAAUGCUGAUUGUGCAGUCUGCUCUGUGCCUAUUUUCUAACCUGUUUGAUUUUCUGUUCAAAUCCUUGAAGGAGUUCUUUAGUAAUUUUAGUUGGGAGAUUGGGGAAGCGGUGAGGAGAAAGCACUUUUGUUUAGGGUGUGAUUCUCAUAACAGGAUGCUUCUAACCUAGUUCAUCAUCAUACCUUGUUGACUUUAUUAUUUUUCCAGCUAAUUGAAAGAAAAGACAAUGAAUGGACACCAUGAAAACCAGCUCAAAAAUAUGUUGUUUAUAAAGAUUUCUUGUCAAGAUGUCUUAGAUUGCACUUUUGUUGAGGGAAGCCAAUGUAAAUACUUAAAGAAUGUUGAUAAAGUUGAAGCAUUUGGGUUAUGGAAUCAUGUGUGAUGUUAGAGGGUUUCUGUAUGUGAAAGGUGUGUAUUCAGAAUAAUAAAAUUUUAGAAAAUACUGAA